UGCACUCAGUCAGUCUAGUUUUGGGAAUCAUGCGCUCCAUUGCCUUUGCCGUUGUAAUCUUUGCCGCAAUCCUGGCCUACAGCAGUGCAGCUCCCCAGCUGAACUUGGCUUGGCUGCAGGGUCUCCUGGCAGAGGCUGGUGAAACGAACUCUACGGUUAAAUUCGGCAACAACACGGUGAUUAUUUCGGGUGUAUCCAAUGCCCAUGCCAAUGCCAACGAGGGAACCAUUCGUCCUCGUCCGCAACCGAACCAAUGGAACAACAACCAAGGAUGGAAUUACUACGGAUAUCCCAGCUACUACAAUGGAUACUAUCGCAUGGUUCCCACAGUCAAUGGACAGAUCGUCGAGGGACCUCAGACCAGCCUAGAGGAGUCGCAGGAGAUUUCCCAAGAGGUCUCCCACGAGAUCUCCCACGAUCUGAGUGACCAGGAAUCUGGCGAGGAUCAAUACAGCCAGGAGGCCGAAGCUGAUCUCCUAGCGGAUAAGCACGAUGAGGAAGAGGAGGAGCAGCUCGAUGCCGAGGAAUAUGGUGAGGAGGAAGGUGAACCUCAGACCCAGGAGGCUGAGGAUGAAGAGGAUGAGCAGACGGAUCCCGAGGAGGAUGCUGCUGACCAGGCUUUGGAUGUCUUCGAAAAGGAGCUCGAAGCUGAGGAAGCCAAAUAAGUGACUCAAAAUAAUGUUCUUAAAAAAAUAGCAAAAUUCGAAAACAUU